AUGGCAGAACAGGUAGCCCUGAGCUGGACCCAGGUGUGCGGAAUCCUGUGGGAAGAGCUGUACCAGGACAAUGCCUUCCAUCAAUCUGAUACACAUAUCUUCAUCAUCAUGGGUCCAUCGGGUGACCUGGCCAAAAAGAAGAUCUACCCCACCAUCUGGUGGCUGUUCCGGAUUGGCCUUCAGCCGGAAGACACCUUCAUCGUGGGCUACACCCGCUCCGGCCUCACAGUAGCCAACAUCCGGAAACAGAGAGAGCCCUUCUUCAAAGCCACACCAGAGAAGCCCAAGCUGGAGGAGUUCUUUGCCUGCAACUCCUAUGUGGCUGGCCAGUAUGACGACACGGCCUCCUACGAGCGCCUCAACAGCCACAUGAAUGCCCUCCCCUUGGGGCCACAGGCCAACCGCCUCUUUUACCUGGCCUUGCCCCCCACAGUCUACGAGGCAGUCACCAAGAAUAUCCACGAGACCUGCAUGAGCCAGACAGGCUGGAACCGUGUCAUUGUGGAGAAGCCCUUCAGGAGGGACCUGCAGAGCUCUGACAGGCUGUCCAACCAUAUCUCCUCCUUGUUCCGUGAGGACCAGAUUACCGCAUGGACCACUGCCUGGGCAAGGAGAUGGUCCAGAACCUCAUGGUGCUGAGGUUUGC